CUUUCAAGCAAUCAUCCAUGCCGUUUUCCUUUACCCCAUCCUGCUCUUCCCUUCACCCUCUCCACCUAUCUCUCUCCUCUUCCCGAACCCUCAUCACAAACCCUAGCCCUAGCGCUAAAAUCCCUUCCCCCAUCCAUCUCCCUCCUCCCAAACCCCAUGGCGCCCCUUCUCCUCCUCCUUCUCCUCUUUCUCCCAACCAUCUCCUCCGCUCCGUCCACUCCCCAUUCCCAAUCCAACGAAAACGAGGCGUUCAUCUCCGCGAUCAUCUCCGAAAAAGGCCUCGAAUUCGUCAAGGAUUUGUUGAUCGAGCAAGCGGUGAAGUCCCUCAUCCCGAUUCGACUCCCCGAUGUCGAGGAGUCCAUCAGGGUUCCGUUCAUUGGCGGAGUUCGCAUGGCGGCGACGAAUAUAACGUUGUUAGGCAUCGAUGUUUCUUCUUCGGUGGUUAGGCCCGGGGAGUCGGGGAUCGCGAUCGUCGCGUCGGGUGCGACUGUUAAUUUGAGCAUGGAUUGGAGGUAUUCGUACAGCACAUGGAUACUUCCGAUUGAGAUAUCCGAUCACGGGACUGCUUCGAUUAAGGUUGAAGGAAUGGAGGUCGGGCUUACCAUGAGCAUGAAGAAUAAAAAUGGAACUCUGCAAUUGACUGCGAUGGAAUGUGGCUGCUAUAUGGAGGAAUUAAUCAUAACAUUGAAUGGAGGAGCAUCUUGGUUUUAUCAAGGGUUUGUAGAUGCUUUGGGGGACCAGAUUAGAUCUGCAGUCGAAAACACAAUCACUAAUAAAAUAAGUGAAGGGACAUCAAAGCUCGAUUCACUACUGCAAAGUCUUCCAAAGAAAAUCAAUGUGGACAAUGUUGCUGCUUUGAACGUGACUUUUGUAAAAGAUCCAGUAUUUGGAAAUUCUUCUAUUGAGUUUGAUAUCAAUGGCUUAUUUGUUUCCUCAUCUGGAUAUACUGAUCCACGCUGCUUGCAUAAGUAUCCCCUUCUUUCAUCUUGUGGUAGUGCAUCGAAAAUGCUUUGGAUUUCAUUGGAUGAAGCUGUAUUUAACUCUGCGUCAGUGGUAUACUUCCAGGCUGGUUUGAUGCAUUGGAUUGUGGACAAGGUACCUGAUCAAUCUCUAAUGAACACAGCUAGCUGGAAAUUUCUGAUUCCUCAAUUAUACAGGAAGUACCCAAAUGAUGAUAUGUUGCUGGAUAUCUCUUUGACCUCACCCCCGGAAGUGAAGAUUAGAGAAGAAAAAAUUGGCUCUACCAUUUACUUAGACAUGACAAUUGAUGUAUUGGAUAACGCAGAGACAAUUCCUGUGGCCUGCAUAUCAAUGGAAGUUACUAUCUCAGGGUUUGUGGAGAUAUUAGGGAAUAACCUGGCUGGUAAAGCCACAAUGGAUGAUUUCUCCCUUACCUUGAAAUGGAGUAAAGUUGGAAACUUCCAUAUGUCGCUGAUCCAGGGGGUAAUACGGGUUUUCCUGAAAACCAUAUUUGUGCCGUACGUGAAUUCCCAUCUCAGACAAGGUUUUCCUUUGCCAAUCGUUCACGGGUUCACGCUUCAAGAUGCAUACAUUCUCACGUCAAACUCGAGGACUAUUGUUUGCUCCGACAUGGUCUUCACCGACUCAAGUGGUACGGUGCACACCCCAUUUCAACAAUCGGACCGCAAAUUGGGAAAAGUUUCGAUAUAAUUGGAAGUUUUUUAAAUCUGAUGUAUAUACUUUUAGUACGACUCUGUUUGUAAUUCUGUGUUAUAAUUGUAUAUAUGUUGUACAUAAUGAGAUUAUGUUAGUUAUUUGUAGUGGUAGGAUAAAAGUAUUAAAGUGUUCAAUUGAAUUGCUAUUUGUUUGUGUGCUUUACCUUUAUCUUAGUGAAUGAGCUAGCUUCGGGUUUCUAUUUGGAAA